UAAUUCCGAUUCAAAGACGGGUUCUCAUAGGGCUAUUGUUUUGUUGGACACGCCCUUUGGCCAUGUUUGGUUGAAGGCGUAGAUUUUUUUCGCCUGCCCGAAGCUCAUAGUGUAUCUCCUUGGAGUGGCUGAUCGGAACAACCUAGCGAACUAAAGGUGUCCCUGUCUGGAUAACAUACAUGUACCCCCAUUCACCUGUCUAUCGAUUAUAAAUAUCUAUCGUUCUACACAAUCUAUCUACGCGAUCUAGCCCCACAUCUUUGUCCCAUUCCUUCCGCUCUCUUGGGACUCUAUUUGCAUCUGCGAGCGACAGUUUGAACAUCAAAUAACACAUAAAUAUGGAUAAAACAGAGCUGAUUCAGAAAGCCAAGCUGGCGGAGCAGGCUGAGCGUUACGACGACAUGGCUUCGUCCAUGAAGGAGGUAACUGAGAAGGGGGCAGAGCUGUCGUGUGAGGAGAGAAAUCUUCUUUCGGUUGCCUACAAGAACGUUGUCGGGGCCCGGAGGUCCGCAUGGCGGGUCAUCUCCGCAAUCGAGCAGAAGACCGAGGGCAGCGACAAGAAGCUUCAGAUGGUGAAGGAGUACCGGAAUAAGGUGGAGACCGAGUUGCGAGACAUCUGCAACGACGUAUUGGGGCUGCUGAGCAAAUAUUUGAUUGAAAAUGCUCCCAAUGCGGAGAGCAAAGUGUUCUAUUUGAAGAUGAAGGGAGACUACUACAGAUACCUGGCUGAGGUGGCCUCCGGAGAUGACAAGAAGGAGACGAUAUCCAACUCUCAAGACUCCUACCAGGAGGCGUUUGACAUCAGCAAGAAGGAGAUGCAGCCCACUCACCCCAUCCGCCUGGGCCUGGCCCUCAACUUCUCUGUCUUCUUCUACGAGAUCCUCAACUCCCCAGAGAAGGCCUGCUCACUGGCCAAACAGGCCUUUGAUGACGCCAUCGCUGAGCUCGACACGCUGAGCGAAGACUCGUACAAAGACAGCACCCUCAUCAUGCAGCUGCUGAGAGACAACCUCACACUAUGGACGUCUGAUAAUGCAGCAGAUGAGCCAGAGACUGGAGAGGAAGGAGAGAACUGAGAUGCUCCCUGUCCUUCCUCGCCAAGAAAAAAAAAAGAGAAAGACCCCAAAAAUAUUUUACACUUCAUUCCUUAUUGUUCCACUCGAAAUGAUUCUAGUAAUGAACGCCUGUCGUUACCAAGGAGCUGUCAGUAUGUGGGAAAUUUAAAUAAUUUUCUUUUUCACCAUGACUCAGAGUUUUGGUAUGAAUAAAAGCUAAAUUAAAGUAAAUAAUAUCGCCAUUCCUGAGUUUGUGUUUGUCCCGGCCUUCCUGAUGUGCAGUUUCUGCUGUAGAAAAGUAUUCGCUUCACUUUAACAUCAACAUUAACUGUCUGUCCAACAUGACAAUAUAGGAUGUAUGUGUAUGUACACUCCCGUACAUAUAUAUUUGGACAGUGAUGCUAAAACUUGUAAUUUUGCUCUGUGCCCUAGCAUUUUGGAUUUGAGAUCAAAUGUUUUAUGGGACAACGGUACAGACUUUCCUUUUUUUGUGGGGGGGGGUUCACCUUUUAGAAAUGAAUGUACUUUUUGGAAAGUAUUUGGACAAAAUCACUAAUAGUGUUCCAUUUAGUCAAAAGUUUAGUAUUUAGUCUCAUAGUCCUAGCAGUGUCUCCAUCAAGCUUCUGACUUUGCAAAUAAUUUUGGUUGUUUCUGAUCAUUUUGUGCCCAAUAGAAAUGAAUGGUAAAUAAUGUGUUGUCAUUUUGUGGUCACUUUCUAUUGUAAAUAAGAAUAUGUUUCUGAACACUUCUACAUUAAUGUUGAUGCUACCAUGAGUACGAAUAAUCAUGACUGAAUUGUUAAUAAUGAUGAAAGAUCAUACCCCCAAAACAUUCUAGCCUUUCACCAUUACCAAUAACAGUGGAGGUUAGGGUUUUCUUUUGGGUAUGAUAUUUAUGCAUCUAACUUUCCCACUCAUCAUUAGCCAUGAUUAUCCGUAAUCACACAUUCAUGUAGACGUGUGCAGACACAUUCUAGUCUUACUUCCAAUAAAAGUGACUAUACAAUUACGCAAUACAUUAUUUACCAUUUCUAUUGGGCACAACAUAAUCUGAAACAACCAAAACAAACUGCAAUUGCAUCUAACCAAUGGGUAGUCCCAAGCUUGGUGUUGUCCGUGCGUGCUGGGAAUAUGGGCCCAAAUACUACACUUUUUGACUACAUUUAAUACACUAAGUGAAUUUGUCUAAAUACUUAUGACACCUUACAAUAGGGGGACUAGAUACAUAAUGUGCUUUAAUUUCUAAACGGUGAAAAAAAAGCCUAAAAUAGACCGCCCGAGUGGCGCAGGGGUCUAAGGCACUGCAUCUCAGUGCUAGAGGCGUCACUACAGACACUGGUUUGAUUCCAGGCUGUAUCUCAACCGGCCGAUUGGGAGUCCCAUAGGGCGGAGGACAAUUGGCCCAGCGUCAUAAGGGGUAGGCUGUCACUGUAAAUAAAAAUUUGUCUUAACUGAUUCGCCUAGUUAAAGAAAUAUUGAAUAAAAAAUGCAAUAAAAGUUGACAUUCUGUACUGUCGCAUAGUAUGAAACAUUUAAUUUCCAAUCCAAAAUAGUUGAUUUCAAGUCCACAUUGCUGGAGUGAAGAGCCAAAUUAAAUGUUUUUCUUCACUGUCCAAAUAAAUAUAUGUGUGUGUGUCCAGAAAGAUCUAUUUUGUACAUUAUGAAAGACCAUUUGCAAACAGCGAGCAUGGAGCAGCCUGGGCAUAUGGUGGGGAGGGAAAGAAAUGUCAAGCUGACCCAAAUUUUACAGCUAUUCUGGCGUGCCUCCACGGUUUGGUCUUCCAAAAAAGGUUGCAAGGUAGUUGCAUCUGCCAGCACCUGCUGGACCAUGUAAGCCAACCUGUCAUGUUGGUUUUGUCCCAAAUGGCACCCUGUUCCCGUUAUUAUGCACUACUUUCGACCAGAGCCCUCGUCAAAAGUAGUGCACUAUGAAGGAAAUUGGGUGCUGUUUGGGAUGCAGGUUGUAUGGUAACUUGAAUACUCCUGCCACCUGUAUUGUAUGAAGCUGCUGAGGUUGUCCAGCCAGUGGUUGCCUCCCUAUUACCUAUAUUAGUGCACUACUUUUGACAUGGCCCUUAGGGCUCUGGACAAAUGUAUUGCACUAUAUACGUGUUAUUUGGGAUGCAGACUCAGCAGAGCAUGUGCUAAACAUGGGCUCUUGUUACAAGGUCUCUCCCUUUUCGGAGGUCACAACAACUCCUUCCUAGUUAUUAUAUUAUUCAAUGUUGAGGUGACCAUGUGUUACUUUUUAGCAUGUCUGACAGUAAAAAGGUGGCACUUUAUGAAGACAAAACAAGUGAAAUGACAAUGCAUGCCCAUUUUUCAAUGUACACUGGAAUGGGAAUCAAUAUUGCAUACACAGAGUCCCAUUUGUUUUUGCUUAGUACUUUUCAUUGCAGGUUUGUGCACAUGUUAGAGGGUGUGUGGUUUGUCCAGUGAUUGUCUUUAGAGAUUCGGACCACUUUUGUGGUUUUUGCUAACCAUUGAUUGUCGUCCCCAAACUCUUGUGAAAAAUGUGUAAUUGCCUACGGAACAUCUAUGUAACGUUAAUAAACAUGACAUUUUAUAAAUCAUA